AUGGUGGACUCCUUGAUCCGUAGUGUCGCGGAGCAUCUGGGGCGAUCAUGCCCUUGGCACCAACGCUUCCUUUCCCUGCAGGAAGUUUUCACGGCUACUAACCUGGAGCUCCAAGGAAUUCACAGCGUCCGUUGGCUCUCCAGGGGUGAUGCCGUGCUGCGAAUGGUCGAGGUGUUCCCCGCGCUUAUAGUCAUGCUGUACGAGUGGGACACAACCUACUAUGAACUCGCGACCAGCUACAGGUUUCACUUUCUGCUAUACUCCCUUGCGGACGUGCUUGAGCAGCUGAACGUCUUGAAUAAGUCAUUCCAGCAACGAGAGAUUGCAGGCGUUCACGCACAGAUCAGGCGAACCAUAUCCUACUUGGAGUCACGCUACGUUGACUGCGGUGACGAGUUCGGAGGCGGAAUUAGCGCGCGUCUCUCCCCCUUCAUCAAGAAGCACGGCCCAGACGGUGGUUGCCCCCGCGUGAAGGUGGUGGGAGUCGACUCGGACGGUCGGCCCACCACACACUCGAUCGAGCUGCACGAGAACCCCAGCGAGGACUACCCAACCGUGGGUAGUUAUGACGCCUGCGUCGACCUCUGCACGGCGUUCGCCGAGACGCUAGUGCGCAACCUCACCAAGAGGUUUCAAGACUUGGACUCACUGACUGGAGUGAGACUGUUCCUUCCAGACGAGUGGCCGCUCGGGAGGGUGGAGCGCACGGAACAGUGUCUCGAGUGGCUCAUGUCACUCGUCUCGCUGUUCAGGGCACAGACGACAGACUGCAUUCUACCAGGCCAUGAAUUCUACUUUCUCUCUUCCCUUUCCUCUUGUCUGGCAGGGAUCGACAAGCGUCGGGCGAUCAAAGAACUGCGUACCUUCUGCCCCAACCUUGCAGACUACACGGAGGUUGUGCAGAUCUGGCGCAGCUACAAGAAGCGUCGCCCCUUUGGUAAUGUUGCAGCCGCACCAGCAGAAGAGGGGCAGGAGGAUGGCAGGGGCAAGGAGACGGCUGCGGAGGAGUGGGAAGAAGCACAGGCUACUGUCUGUGAUGAUGCAUCGGACUCUGAUGAUUCUUGA